AUGGAGAGGAAGAGGAAGGUGUGCUUGUUUAACACGGUGGUCUCAUCAUCAGCAAAGAUGAGCAAAUCAGGCGGCAGUGGAGGAGCCACAACGAAGGACAAUGCGGUGGUAAGCAGUGUGAUUAAUCCGUCGACUGGAAUGCCUUAUUCCCAGAGCUACUAUGAGAUCCUUGAGAAGAGGAAGACUUUGCCAGUUUGGCAACAGAAAGAUGAGUUCUUGAAGGCUCUUAAGGCCAACCAAUGUAUAAUUUUAGUUGGUGAGACUGGUAGCGGUAAAACUACUCAAAUCCCUCAAUUUGUUUUGGAAAGUGUUAAUGCAGAAACUCCGGAUGGUAAAAGGAUGAUGAUUGCGUGCAUGCAGCCACGUAGAGUUGCUGCAAUGUCAGUAUCUCGUCGUGUAGCUGAAGAGAUGGAUGUGAGGAUAGGAGAAGAGGUUGGCUACACUAUUCGUUUCGAAGACUGCAGCAGUGCCUCUAAAACAUUGUUGAAGUAUUUAACAGACGGUAUGCUUUUAAGAGAGGCAAUGGCAGAUCCCCUGUUGGAAAGGUACAAGGUGAUAAUACUGGAUGAGGCACACGAAAGAACGUUAGCAACAGAUGUUCUUUUCGGGCUUCUCAAGAAGGUGUUGAGAAAUAGGCCUGAUUUGAAGUUGGUUGUGAUGAGCGCUACUCUUGAGGCCGAAAAAUUUCAGGGCUAUUUCAGUGGUGCGCAUUGUAUGAAAGUUCCUGGCAGGCUACAUACAGUGGAAAUUCUUUACAGUGAGGAACCUGAAAAGAACUAUGUGGAGGCAACAAUUUGA